AUGGCAAAAGAGAUUUCUUCCACCGUUUCCGAAGCUGCCCAGCAGCAGAUCGCCGACACACUUGUAGCAGCUUCUUUCAUCCUACACUCCGGCGGUAAGGCCGUCACGGACUUCGCAAAGACUGUGGUCGGCGACUCAAAGGUCGAUUCUUCUAUCGAAGAUCGCAAGGCAGACGAAAAGAUGAUUGGAACCAAUGGCGCGUUUGGCGAAGGUGGAGCUUGCACUUCCCUUGCCAGGGCCUAUGCCAUGUUGCUGGAUCAAGGUGAGAGCGAAAAUGCGGAGGAGCUGAAGAGAAUUGCUUUGGGUCGCUUCUUGAAGGAUCAGUUCACGGGUGAGGUCGACAAGGCCACCGAGCUCAUGUCCGACACGAUCUCAACCUGCGAGUGGCAAGAAGGCAUCAGUCGAGGGUUCCGCCGCCUCUCCCACCCGUGA